AUGAAAGUGCACCAUGAAAUUUUGAAUGAAGAAUUAUUGUAAUAUAAAUCUAAAAAUUACUAAUCCAAAUAAAAUCUAAAAAGUAUAUUCUUUACUUAAAUCAACAAAAUUAUUCAAUCAAAGGAAAGAAUUAUAACUAUAGAAGAAAUAGAAAAUACUCUAAGUAAUUCCAAAUACUUACCUAAUGAACUAAUUAGUGAAUAUGAUGGUAAUUUUGAGAAUAAUGAACCAAUUUUAUAGACAUUAAAGAAAAUGUUUUUAAAAUACUUUAUAUGGAUUGGAUUACUUAAAUUUGUCUCAGUCAUAUUUUUAUUCACUACUCCAGUUUUAAUAAAUUAUUUGACAACUGCAUUAGAUUAAUCAAUAAAUGAUUUUUUAAUUUAUUCAGGUGCAGUUUUAACUUCAACUUUAUUAUCUGCUAUUACUGAUACACAAUACAAUUAUUAAAUAAAAAUUUUAGAAUUUAGAUGUAAAUCAUUCUUAAUCUAAACUCUUUAUAAUUCUAUUGAAGCAUAAUCUAAUUUAGAUUUAAUGAAUCUUAUCAAUAUUGACGUUAAUACAAUUAUGAAUUUCUUUAUAAGUUUUCAUGAAUUUUGGUCUUUAAUUCUAAAAUUGAUUAUUGGAAUGACUAUUUUAUAUUUGUAGAUAUAAGAAGCUGUUUUUGUAGGAUUUGCAACAGCAAUUAUUUUAGUAUUAGUCAAUUUUGCAAUUGCUAAUAAAAUAGGUCAUUAUUAUUCAUCAGGCUUACUUUAUAAAGAUUUAAGAAUGAAAGCAAUUAAAGAUUUUAUAUCUAAUCCAAAAUCUAUCAAAUUUCUUAAAUGGGAAAAUAAAUGGGAAUCUAAAAUAAUGAGUAUAAGAGAAUAAGAAUUUGCUAUUAUUGCAGGUUCAAAAUGGUUGGAUUCACUCUGUGUCUUAUUUUGGUCUAUUACUAAUACAUUAAUAUCUUCAGUUACUUUAUAUGUAUAUUCAUAAAAUAAUGAUCUUGAAAAUGUUUUUACUAUAAUUUAUGUAUUUUCAUUAUUGACAAAUCCCUUAAAUUCAUUACCAUGGACAUUAGCAGGAAUGUUAUAAGCAAAAACAUCAUUUUUAAGAAUUAAUUCUUUUGUUAUAACAAGAAAAUCAAAUAAUUAAUUUAAAGAGGGUAUAGAAAUUAAUUAAGCUGAACUUAAAUGGGAUUUUGAUAGUGAAUUCACAUUAAGAAUACCUCAUUUCAAAAUUGAUAAUAUAGUAUUUGUAGGAGGAAAAGUUGGAUCUGGAAAAUCUUCAUUUUUGCUUUCACUUUUAAAUCAAAUGAAAAUUUAAUCAGGUUAUUUUUAAGUGAAUUAAUAAUUUUCAUAUGUCUCCUAACAAAGUUGGCUUUUUAAAGGAACAAUUAGAGAUAAUAUUCUUAUGUAAUCAAAAUACAAUGAUGAAUUAUACAAAUAAUGUUUAGUUUAAAGUAAUUUAAUUGAUGAUAUAUAAAAAUAUCCAGAAAAAGACUUAUUUGAUGUUGGACCUGAUGGAUCUAAGCUUUCAGGAGGAUAAAAAUAGAGAUUAUGUAUUUGUAGAGCUUUAUACAAUUAAAAUGAUAUUUAUCUAAUGGAUGAUAUCUUUAGUAGUUUAGAUCCAUAAGUAGGAGAUAGUAUUUUUAAUAAUUUAUUAAAAAUAACAAAACCAAUCAUAUUUGCAUUAAAUGAUAAUUAUUUAUAGAGAUACAAAAAAUAUGCAGAUUAAAUAAUAAUAAUUAAAAAUGGUUAGGUGAUUUAUGAUAAAUAGGAGAUUGAGAUGUAUUUUUAAGAUUUACAAGAAUAAACAUUUGAUUUGAAAGAAUAAAAAGUGAAUUUAAUUUAAUAAGAGACAAUAUAACAUGAGAGAGAGAACUAAUAGGAUGUUGAAAUAAAAAAAACUCAAAAAUCUUUGUCUUUUUAUUUAAAAUCAUUAGGCUUAUUAAAUUUAUUAUGGAUAUUAGUAUCAUUAGCUUUAAUGUAAAUUUCAUUUAAUGUAUAUGAUAUAUGGUUAAAUACAUAUAUUAAUGAGAAUCCUAUGUUUAUCUUUAAUAAUUCAUUUGUUUUUACAUUGUUCAUGUUAGUACUUAUCGAUAUAAUAAUUAAAUUAUCAAGAGCUGUAUCUUUUGCAUAUGGAAACUUAGAGUAAGCAAAAAAAAUAUUUGUUUAAUUGUUAAAUCAUGUGAUACAUGCAAAAUGUUCUUUUUUUGAUGCUGAAGAGAGUGGAGAGAUAUUAAUAAGAUUUUCAGAUGAUUAAAAUGUUGUAGAUAAUAGAUUUCCAUUUGAAUUGAAUUUAUUGUGCAAUAAUAUCUUUAAUUUUAUUGGAACAUUUAUUGUAUUAGUAGUUCUUUAAUAUUAUUUGAUAUUACCUGUAAUUGUAUCAGCCCUUGUAUUUUAUAGAUUAUAAUAAUUAUAUAGACCAACUAGUCUAUCAUUGCGUCGUUUAGAUGCAGAGACUAAUUCAAAUUUGGCAACUUCAAUUUUUGAAUAAUUUAAAGGGAUUCUAACAAUAAAUGCAUUCAAUAAAAGAGAAGAAUUUAGAAGUAUUAUUAUAUAAUUAAUUUUAAGAUAUCUUUUUAAGUAAAUUAAUUUAGAGUACAUAAGUUUAAUGGUGUAGUAGAGUAAUAGCAUUGUGGUUAUAGAUAAGAUUAUAAUUAGUAGCAGGUUUCAUUGUAUUAUUCAUACUAUUAUUUACUGCUUUAAGUUUAUUUUAUGAAUUACCUAUAAGUAAAUCAACUUUGUAAUUGUUGUUAUAUUAUUCAUUAACAAAGAUUAGUUUAUUUAGAGAUUUGACAUUAUCUUUAACUACUUGUGAAUAAGAACUAGUAUCUUAUGAAAGACAAAAUAAAUAUUGUAAUAAUAAUAUAGAAUAAGAUAAAUGUCUUAAUUAUUCAGAAGACAUAAAAUUUAAAGAUAUUAAAUUAUAAUAUUUUAAUGGUUAAUUAGCUUUGAAAGGAAUAAAUAUAGAGAUUGAAUAAGGAAAAAGAGUAGCAUUUUGUGGAAGAACAGGUAGUGGAAAAUCUUCAAUUUUGGCAGUAUUAUUUCAAUUAUAUGAAUAAACUGAUGGAGAUAUGUCUGUGCCAUCAUAAUAACUAUUUGAAUGGAGAAACAAAGUUGGUGUUAUUCCUUAAUUAGGAUUUGUAUUUGAUGGAACAUUAAGUGAGAAUUUAGAUUGUUCAGAUUAAGAUUUGAUUUCAAAAUAUGUUGCAAUGGAUGGUAAUUCUUAUAUAGAUUCAAAUUCAAUUUCUUAAGGAAUGAGAUAAUUGAUUUCAUUCUCAAGAGUUGUAUUAUAAAAUCCAGAUAUUAUUUGUUUAGAUGAAGCUACUGCAAGUGUAGAUUAAUAAGUAGAGGAUUUUAUUUAAUAAUAUUUGAGAGAAUGUGGAAAAACAAUUAUAACAAUUUCACAUAGAUUAGAAGCAUUAAAAGAUUAUGAUAGAAUAUAUUAUUUGGAAAAUGGUUUAGUAGUAGAAUAGGGUACAUUUUAAGAAUUGGUCUAAUUAGGAGGAGGAUUUGCAAAUUUGAGAAAUUGCUGA